AUGGCGAACGAAUCUGUAAGUGUGAAGACGGAUCUCGAUAGUCACAGUGACUACAGUCUUCAACUAAACCGAUGGCUUCUGAAACCGAUCGGAAUAUGGCCCGCGUCGCCGUGCACCCCGAGACGCGACAAAAUCGUUUCGUACAUUGUGAACGCAAUUUGCUACAGUUUCAUGACCUUUUUCUUGGCUCUAUGCUUGCUAUACUUAUUUCUGGAAGAUGACAGUUUUCACAUAAAAAUGAGGAUGAUCGCUGCGUUCAGUCACUGGUUCGUCAGCAUCGCCAAUUACACGAUACUGUUGUUGAAGCGAAAAGACAUACGCAGAUGUUUCGAAUACAUAGAGAAAGAUUGGAUAAGGGCAAUGAACGAGAGAGAUCGGGAUGUGAUGUUGAAGAACGCGAAAUUCGGCCGGUACGUGGCUACGUCCUGCGUUGCGUUCAUGCAAGGCGGCGUUUUAGCUUUUUGCUUUAUAACAGCAUUGAACACCGAAACGAUCCGAGUGGGAAAUGAAACGAGGAUCGUGCACCCGCUUCCCGUACUGGUUUAUAAAAAGCUAAUCGACGUUAACAAAAGCCCCACAAACGAGAUUAUGCUUUUCGCAGAGGUAUUCUCCUUAUUUAUCGCGAAUUCCACUACAGUCGGAGUUUUCAGUUUAUCCGCCGUUCUCGCCGCUCACGCGCGCGGCCAGUUUAAUAUCCUCAUGCUGCGGAUCACUGAGCUCGUAAACGGAUCGGAAAAACCGAAAAAGACAACUACGUUUAACGACAUUGGCAUGUUAGUUGAACAUCAUUUAAGAACGUUAAAUUUCGUGUCGACUACAGAAGAAGUGAUGAACCGAAUAUAUUUUUUAGAAUUACUAAGGUGUGUGCUGGCCAUAAGCAUACUUGGAUAUUUAAUUCUCAUGGAUUGGGACGAUCGAGAAGUUAAAAAACUGACUACGUAUUUCGUAGUUCUCAUCUCCAUUUGCUUUAACAUGUUUAUAAUGUGCUAUAACGGCGAAAUAAUAGCGGAACAGUGCAAUGACGUCGGUGAUGUGAUUUACAUGACGAACUGGUAUGAUUUACCCGAUAAAAUGAUCCUAGACUUGAUCUUCGUCAUCGCUCGGUCGAACGUGGUCGUUGAAAUCACCGCCGGGAAGAUAAUCCACAUGUCAGUUUCUACGUUCGGCCAGAUGAUGAAAACUAGUUUCGCAUACCUUAAUAUGUUCCGACAAAUGACGAUGAGAUAAAAUGUAUUCGUAAAGGACUCAUAUACAAGCAUUGAAAGUUUGAAAUAUGAACAAGUUCAGUGUCGAAUAUAAUUUGUAUAUCCUAAAGAUCAUUUGUAUUCAUUUCACAGUCACGACAUAUUAAUUAAGAAACCGCACAAAAGUUUGUAUUUUGACAAUAUGUAUAAUACUAUACCAUGAAAAUCUAAUCUAAUCUAAUAAUAUUAA